GCAGCAGUUUAAAGCAACAUCAGAUUGCUCUACCAACAUGAACCACUUCUUUGGGUAGCAUACUGAGGGGUUAUUUGAUUGCAGCGCCUUCUGUUUUCCGAUCUGGUUUAGAGGAAGCUAUUAGCGUGACCAUCUUUAACUCAGUCAAGGAAACAACAGUCCAGAUUCAACUCGUGGUCAAAGGAGAAACGGUAGCACGGGCCCAUGGAGCAGUCCUAGAAGCCUCCAUGUUUCCACUGAAGGAGUUUUAUGUAGAAUAAGAGGAUGUGGUUGAACAUGAGGAAGAAUAUGACUACUCUCCAAAAACAUCAGAGACCCUGCCUUAUUCUACCCUGAUCCAAGUCUCCCUUCUUCAAGAUCCAUCAUGGAGAUGUUCUUCCUUAUUAAGAGAGAUAAAGGGACAAUCAAGCUUAAGGUGCCUUCAGGGCUUCGUGGACAAGCACAUUUAAAAGUCUGGGGCAACCGGCACCUGACAGAGAGAGGUUACAUUUUUCACAACUAUACCACAGUAACCAUUGAUAGCAAAGGGUCAUCAGUAUUCAUCCAGACUGACAAACCUGUCUACAAACCCAAGCAGAAAGUGCUGAUAAACUUGUUUAUGGUCACUUCUGACCUGAGACCAAUCAAUGACAAGAUUGAAGCAUAUGUAGUGGACCCUCGGGGAUCUCGCAUGAUAGAAUGGAGCAAUUUGAAGCCAUUUUGUUGUGGCAUUGUAAAUAUGAGUUUCCCCUUGUCUGAUCAACCAGUGUUUGGUGAAUGGUUCAUCUUUGCUGAAAUGCAAGGGCAAACAUACAACAAAUCCUUUGAAGUUCAGAAAUAUGUCCUACCAAAGUUUGAGCUCCUGAUUGACCCACCUCGCUAUAUCCGAGAUCUUACGACUUGUGAAAAGGGGAUUGUUCAUGCUAGAUACACAUUUGGAAAACCAGUGACAGGAAAGUUAACAGUCAAUAUGACUAUAAAUGGAGUGGGGUACUACAGGCAUGAAGUUGGACACCCCGUCCUCAAAACCACUGAGAUUGAUGGUUCUGCUGUUUUCGACAUAUGUGUGAAAGACAUGAUGCCAGCUGAUGUCCCAGAGCACUUUCGAGGCACUGUCAGCAUCUGGGCCACAGUAACUAGCUCUGAUGGAAGCAAGCAGGUCACAUUUGAUGACUCGACACCGGUUCAGAAACAGCUGAUUGACAUCAAGUAUACCAAGGAUACAAGGAAACAGUUCAAACCUGGCUUGCCCUACAAAGGGAAGGUAGAAAUCACUUACCCUGACGGGAGCCCAGCUGGCGGUGUCACAGUCCGAAUCAAAGCUGAGCUAACGCCAAAGGACAACGUUUACACAAGUGAGCUGAUGUCCAGCAAUGGCUUGGUAGAGUUUGAAAUCCCCUCCAUUCCUACAGCUGCCCAAUACGUCUGGCUGGAGACUAAAGUGACAGCAAUUGAUGGAAAACCUGCAGGGGAUCAGUAUCUGCCAAACUACUUGUCUAUAAGCAGCUGGUACUCACCUAGUAAGUGCCACAUCCAGCUCCAAGCACCAAAUAAACCUUUCCAGGUGGGAGAGGAGGCCCGGAUUGGAGUGAAGUCUACAUGCCCUUGUAAUUUCACUCUACACUAUGAAGUGGCAUCGCGAGGUAACAUUGUCCUUUCAGGGCUGCAGCCUAGUAACAUCACCCAGCAAAGGAGCAAAAGAGCCACCUUUGAUAAGAGCAUCCAUGUCACUCAUGUCCCAGGAACAGCACCUACCACCCCCCCUACAGCAGAGGUUGAAGUCUGCAUGACCUUCCUCCAUUUCUCAGUAGCUCAUAACAUGGCUCCUCUGGGCCGUCUACUGGUAUAUUACGUCAGGGAAAAUGGAGAAGGGGUCACAGACAGUCUUCAGUUUGCUGUCAAGUCCUCCUUUGAAAACCAGGUUUCGGUGGCACUUUCAACAAAUGAGACCAGGCCUGGUGAUGUCGUGCACAUCAAAGUUAAAGCUGUGACAGGAAGCUGUGUCUGCAUUGCAACCGUGGAUAAGAGCGUCUACCUUCUUAAGACAGGUUUUCAGCUGACCUCUACUCAGGUUUUCCAGGAGCUUGCAGAGUAUGAUGUGUCAGAUGCCUUUGGGACUCCCAAGGAGGAAGGGCACUUCUGGUGGCCAGGCAUGUCUUCACGCAGGCGCCGUCGCUCCUCUGUCUUCCCCUGGCAUUGGGAUAUCACCAAAGAUGCCCGCUUUGCAUUUACGGAAACAGGUUUGGUUGUAAUGACUGACUUGGUCAGUUUAAACCACAGACAGAAUGGAGGCAUGUACACGGAUGAGGCUGUGCCAGCCUUUCAGCCCCACACUGGAACACUGGUAGCUACCAUGCAUUCUAAGAUUGUACCAAGGUCAGAGAAGAAAAAAAGAACAUUCUUCCCUGAAACAUGGAUUUGGCACUGCCUCAACAUCAGUGACACCUCAGGAGAAGCGCAGCUACAUGUGGAAGUGCCUGACUCAAUAACUACAUGGAUAACAGAGGCCGUGGGCCUGUCUGAGGACAAGGGGCUAGGCCUAGCCAAUCAAACAGAACUGAAAACAUUCAAAUCUUUCUUCAUUGAUUUCACCUUGCCCUAUCGUGUCAUUCGUGGGGAGCAGACCAAAAUCCCGCUUACAGUCUACAAUUACCUGGCUGUCUGUGUAGAGGUUCAUGUGAAGAUCUCUGUUCCAAAAGGCAUAAAGUUUGUUGGACAUCCAGGUAAACAUCAUCUGACAAGAAAGAAGUGUGUAGCCCCUGGAGAGGCCAAACCCACCUCCAUAGUCUUGUCCUUCAGUGAGCUUGGGUUAAGCAACAUCACAGCAAAAGCCUUUGCUUAUGGUGGAACAAAUUGUUGUCAACAAGGGCUACAAACCUCAAAGAAUGGCAAGCACAUAGAGGACAGUUCCAUGGAUACAAGGACCCCAGUCGGGGUAGAUUAUGUUCGUAGCAGUGUAAUAAUUGAGCCAGAAGGACUGUCCAGAGAAUAUACUUACAGCGUGUUCUUCUGUCCUAAUGAGAAAAUUCAUAUUUCUACACCUAACAAAUAUGAAUACCAAUACAUGCAGAAGCCUUCUUGGAUGACACACUUCGACAUUGCUGUGAAAGCUCACAAUAAUGCUCACUUGGCCUUGUCCUCUGGCCCACAUGACAUGGCAGAGAUGACUGAGAUAGUCAUUGGUGGGCAUCAAAAUACAAAAACAUGGAUUUCCGCCAGUAAAAUGGGUGAACCAGUGGUCAGUGUGGACACAGCUGGUAUCCUCUCUUGGGAUGAAUUCCGAAGCUUCUGGAUCAGCUGGAAAAAUGGAAUUAUCCAGGUUGGCCACGGUACUCAGAUGCUAAAUGAAUCUAUUAUAGUGGAGUGGGCCGUCCCGAAACAGCCCGAGGUGAAGUACAUUGGAUUCUCCACAGGCUGGGGAUCAAUGGGAGAGUUUAAAAUCUGGAGAAAAGAAGAGUCUGAUGAAAAUCACAAUGAAGCAUUUACUUUGGGAGUUCCCCACAAUGUGAUUCCAGGAUCGGAAAGAGCUACCGCCUCAAUAAUAGGAGACGUAAUGGGCCCAACGCUGAACAAUUUGGACAAUCUUCUGCGAUUACCGUUUGGAUGUGGGGAACAGAACAUGAUCCAUUUUGCUCCGAAUGUUUUUGUUCUAAAAUAUCUGCAGAAAACUAAACAACUCAGCCCUGAGGUGGAGUGUGAAGCCACAGAUUACCUGGUGCAAGGUUACCAGCGCCAGUUGACCUAUAAAAGACAAGAUGGUUCAUAUAGCGCUUUUGGCGAGAGGGAUUCCUCAGGAAGUAUGUGGCUAACUGCAUUUGUCCUCAAGUCCUUUGCACAGUCCCGUGGGUUUAUUUUCAUUGAUCCCAAGGAACUGACAGCUGCAAAAGAUUGGAUCAUCCAGCACCAGAAGGAAGAUGGAUCCUUCCCUGCAAUGGGCAGAAUAUUAAAUAAGGAUAUCCAGGGCGGAAUCCAUGGCAAGAUCUCACUGACAGCCUACGUAGUUGCAUCUCUGUUGGAGACGGGCGUGACUUCAGAGGAAGAAAAAGCAGCAGUUGCUAAAGCCAAACACUUCUUGGAGUCCAACUUAUAUUCUGCAGAAGACCCCUACACCACAGCCCUGACUGCAUACGCCCUGACUCUGCUGCACAGUCCCUCUGCUUCUGUGACUCUGAGGAAAAUGAACAGCAUGGCCAUUAUGCAAGAUGGUUUUACACACUGGAGUUUAACGGGAACUCUGGCUACUGAUGAAGAUACGUUCAUGGGAUUUAAUGAUGGGCUUUCUCAGUCAGUUGUGUCUGCAGAGGUGGAAAUGACAGCCUAUGCACUGCUGACAUAUACACUCUUAGGAGAUGUGGCCUCUGCACUUCCAGUGGUUAAAUGGCUGUCACAGCAGAGAAAUGCCCUGGGAGGAUUCUCAUCCACUCAGGAUACGUGUGUAGCCCUGCAGGCUCUGGCUGAAUAUGCCAUUCUUUCUUAUGUUGGAGGAGUAAACCUUACCAUUUCCCUGGCUUCCACUAAUUUAGACUAUCAAGAGACAUUUGAGCUUAACAAGAUAAAUAAGAAAGUCCUUCAGACAGCUGUGAUCCCCAGCAUUCCCACAGGGCUGUUUGUGAGUGCCAAGGGUGAAGGCUGCUGUCUGAUGCAGAUUGAUGUCACAUACAAUGUACCUGACCCCGUUGCUAAACCAGCUUUUCAGCUUCUGGUUAACCUGAAAGAGCCCAAGUCAGAGCGUCACCAGCAAGCUCAGCACCCCCUGCAGCCUCUCUCUCCAGAGGAAAAUCGCUCUGAAUCCUCCCACAGGGAACGGGCUUUGGUGGAUGACGAUGACCCAGCUUCUGAUCAGGAUCACCAAGAGUACAAAGUGAUCCUAGAGACAUGCACUAGGUGGCUGCACUCUGGAUCCUCAAACAUGGCCGUCCUGGAGGUGCCCUUGUUCUCGGGGUUCCGGGCAGAUAUGGAGAGUCUGGAGCAGUUAUUAAUGAACAAGCAAAUUGGAUUAAAAAGAUAUGAAGUUGAUGGAAGAAAAGUUCUCUUUUAUUUUGACGAGAUUCCUAGCCAGUGCAUGACCUGUGUAAAGUUUCAAGCCUUCAGAGAGUAUAUAGUUGGGAAAACAGCCCCUGUUCCCAUCAAAGUGUAUGAUUACUAUGAGCCAGCAUUUGAAGCAACUCGUUUCUACAAUGUGAGCGAAAACAGCCCCCUUGCUCGUGAGCUGUGUGAUGGGCCAACAUGCAAUGAGGUGGAAAGUUCAGCUAGUCAGUGGGUUGGUUUUGUUCACUCUGGGCCAUGCAACAACAUUUUCGGCUGCCUGGAAGAUGAAUAUUUUGAGCAGUGUAUGUGCUCUAGAGACUGUGGCUAUGAUGGGGAGCCGGUGUGUGGGUCUGACGGGCUGAUGUAUCAGAACCAUUGCCAAAUGGAGGUAGCAUCCUGCAGGAAUAAUACAAGGAUAGAACAAAUUCCUAUGUCUCAGUGUUCUGCCUCCAAGAGUUUACCAGAAGAGAGGGAGAAUCCUUUCCACACUGUUGACCAGCCCAGUGUUCAGCAAACGCAAGCAGAAGAAGGCCCCGUGAUCCAGUCGGACCUGUCCUACUACUCCUACGAGUACGACCCCGACCCCUAUGUCUCUGAAGCGGAUGUCUUUGAGAUGGCAGCAGAGCUGACAACACCCAGCAGCGCCCCGAGGGAAGGGGACAGAAUUCAGGGAGUGGUGACCACAGCAGAAUGGGCAAGCAUGUUGCAGAGCUGCAGCUUCUUAACUACCAGCUAUUGCACAGCACUGAAAGGACAGAAGUGAUGCAUGUACCUGCAGAACCAAAGCACUCAGCAGUUCUAAGGAGUUCUGACUUACGAUGAGGUAGAAAUGGGCAGUUUGCUGGGAGGUUCCUUUUGUUUUGCUUUGAGGGGUGUGCUGACUGUAACAUGUCUGCUUUUGCAGUACAUUCCCUGAAUCCAGCUGCAGGUAUGGUCAGCGGUUUGUGGGGAGCAGAGUUGGGGGUGGGGAAGCUCUUGGUUCUCUGUGGAGCUUGUAAAAGGAGCAUGGAAUUCCAGUGUGGGAGUUUCCAGUAUUUUAUUAAUACCCUGCCUUCAAGAGACAUGGAAAUCCUUUUUCCUGGACUAAAGCCAGGCUGUCUUCAUAACCAGUAGAGAGAGGCAGUACUAUUCAGAGGACUCACAAGUGUCAAAAGCCAGAGCAGCCUGUACAAGUGGUGAAUGUUCUUCCCAACAAGGGGCUGAUGACUGUUAAUCACCGGCAUGCUCUGUUAAUCACCAGUCAAGAAAGACCUUGCUUGUUAGAGAAGGUGACAUGUCACCUCCUUCUAGCAGAGCACUUAGCAUGAGCAAGCACUUUCAAAGAGAGCUCUCAGUGCUUUGCAAAUGUUCUCGAAUUUCACUUUGUGAGUAUCCAUCCUCCCCAGUGCAGAGGGGCAGAGAUGGACUUCCUUGUUUCAGGGUGGCAAGCUAGUGAGUAGCAGAGGCAGGAGUAGGAUGCAGGAGGAUAUCGUCUCACUUCAUAGCAGUCACUGAGGCCAGAUGCAUUCUCUGCACCCCUGGGAUAAAAUUACUUUCACUGGACCUGGAGUCCUGGCACAUCCGUGAAGGGGGUUUGCAGGGAAGGAGCCUCUCAGUUUUGCCUGGUCAUGUGCGGAUGCAAGAUGCAUGCGAACAAACUACCUACCAGACCAGUGGCUCUGGUCAGUGUCAGGGUGGCAACCGGGUGGUUCAGCUGGUUUCCCUGGACAGCUUUUAAUACUUAGCCAGCCUUUCCCACCCCCGACUCUUUUCCCUUUCCUCCCUGAGCCACUGCCAUUAUACAUGCCGAAAGUGCAACAUCCUCCAUCGGGCCUUGAGGUAGAAGGAAGGUCCACCAGGGACCUUGAUUAGUAGGAUGUCUUGAGUGUUCAAGUAACCCUGAGACUGUCUAGGGCAGAGGGGAGUGGAAGCUCCUAGCUCCUGUCAGGGCCACCCAAGGUUGAGGGGAUGAACUAGGGGAGAAGCAUCUAAUGGCCUCAGUCUGGAGCGGCAGCCAACAGCCUGUCCUCGUUAACAAAAGAAAUCAGCAUGGUAGCCAUGCCGGCAACAGCAGGAUGGACAAGCAUGGCACAAACCUCUUCACUCACUAAGGGAUUCAGAUGGCAGCUGGGAACCAGGGUGUGGAGUGCCUGAGGGAUGCAGUGAUAGCAGUGAGAGUGGCUGAAGGAGAAGCCAUGUUUUGUUCCUGUCUGCAUACAGCUGACUCCACCUUGUUUGUGCUUUGAGCCCUGCAGGAGUGCCUAAGGCCCAGAGAAACCCCCCUCCCUCUCCUCCCUGCCCUGGACUAGCUGCCAG